CGUGUUAGACGUGAAUCUUGAGACGCGUACAGCAAGUAGUGUUCUAUUAUUAUCAACGCCAUAAUUUUCACUUGAUAUUAGUAUUCGCUCAAUCCACCUACCAAUAGUUAUUUUUUUCAAAAAAGUCUAAAAAGUUUCUAAUAAGUAGUUUUUAGUUAUUUUCAAUUUUUUUUCACAAAAUUUUUUUGUGAUGAAUAACUCAACAUUAGUUGUUGAUCAAAAACCGAUAUACUACAAAAAGGCUAACUUCAAUUCGUGCUUGGUCUGUUUUAAAUCUUCAAAAAAAGGAUAUGAUAUUUCUUUGCACGCGUAAGAAUUAAAUUGUUAAUAAAACGUUGUUACCUAUUAUACAUGCCCCAUUCAAUUUUGUAUAAAAUUUUUUUUUUUAUUUUUGUCAAACUUAACUAACGAAUUAUACCUAUAUGCAAUGCUUUCUGUUAUCAGAUUCCCAAAAAACAAAGCUAGACGAGCGAUUUGGCUAAAACAAUGUGGACUCUUGGAAAAGGAUAUAAAACAUAAUAGAAAGCUGUGUUGUUCUCAUUUCAAGAAAGAUUGUAUCAUAACAAACGCCAAAAGAAUAAUAUUGAAGAAAAAUGCAGUCCCUGUUAUUUUCGAGAAGGAAAUAAAACUUAAAAAAUCCAAGAAGCGAAGUCAAAUUUUGGGAAACACAGAAGCUAUGCUACAAAAUGUACAGGUUGAUGAUUUUGAAAGUUUAGCUGCUGAUGUAAAAUCAUUGGAGGAUUUAUUUCUAUUUACUGAGGAAUCAUCAGAAGCUAUACUACAAAAUGUACAGGUUGAUGAUCUUGAAAGUUCAGCUGCUAAUUUAUAUCCACUGGAGGAUUUAUAUCAAUUUACUGAGGAAUCAUCAGAAAACUUAUUGAUUCGACAACUUGUCUCGGAGACGCAUUGUAGAACUAACCAUCUUCAUAAUUUCCAGUGAAUAAUUAGUUUAUUGACAUUGAAACAUUUAUUUAUUUAUGAGUCCAAGGCAUUCUAACAAGUACACCAUAAACAACCCAUAUAAAUUGUAGGUACUAUCUAAGUAGUUAACGACCUAUUCAAUAUGAUUGAACUUAAUUUGUGCAUACCUUUUUUUUUCACGGGAAACAUCUAAUGAUAUAUUGUAGACUAUAGAGCAAGCUAA